AUGGAACAAGGCAAUGAAACACACCUCGCAGAAUUCAUUCUCUUGGGAUUCUCAGAGGACCCAGCACUGCAGCCCCUUGUAUUUGGGCUCUUCCUCUCCAUGUACCUGGUCACUGUGGCUGGGAACCUGCUCAUCGUCUUGGCCAUCCUCUCAGACCCCCACCUCCACACGCCCAUGUACUUCUUCCUCUCCAACCUGUCCUUGGUGGACAUCUGCUUCACCUCCACCACCGUCCCCAAGAUGCUGGUGAACAUCCAGACACAGAGCCAAGCCAUCAGCUAUGCAGGCUGCAUCACCCAGAUGUUCUUCAUACUCUUCACAGGGUUGGAUGACUUUCUCCUGGCCGUGAUGGCCUAUGACCGGUUUGUGGCCAUCUGUCACCCCCUGCACUACACAGUCAUCAUGAACCCCCAGCUCUGUGUGCAGCUGGUGCUGGUGUCCUGGGUCAUCAGUGUCCUACAUGCCUUAUUACACAGCCUCCUGGUGCUGAGGCUGUCCUUCUGCACACACCUGGAAAUCCCCCACUUCUUCUGUGAGCUGAAUCAGGUGGUCCACACAGCCUGCUCUGACACCUUCCUUAACAAUGUGGUCAUCUAUAUUACAGUUAUGCUGCUUGGUGGGGCCCCCCUGGCUGGCAUCCUUUACUCCUACUCUAGGAUCAUCUCCUCAAUCCAUGCCAUCUCCUCAGCUCAGGGGAAGUAUAAAGCAGUCUCCACCUGUGCCUCUCACCUCUCCGUUGUCUCCUUGUUUUAUUGCACAAUCACAGGUGUGUACCUGAGUGCUCAUUCUGCCCCCAACUCAGCCUCCACUGCCACAGCCUCGGUGAUGUACACGGUGGUCACCCCCAUGCUGAACCCCUUCAUCUACAGCCUGAGGAACACAGACAUGAAGAGGGCUCUGGAGAGAUUCUUGAGGUGUGAGACAAUUAAAUGA